AUGGAGCGAUCCCCUGGGCGCCUCCGGGCGGCGCCCGGCCCUUCCCGCGGCUCGGCGGGGCCGGGCGAGGAGGAGGUGUGCGUGGUGGGCAUCUUCGGGAAGACGGCGCUGCAGCUCUGCUCCGAGAAGGCGGCCCUGGUGAGCACYGUGUGCGACCGGCAGGUCUUCCCGCUCUUCGAGAGCGAGGAUGAGGCGGCCGGCGGGCAGGAGGCCGAGCCGGCCACCAAGGACUACAACCAGCUGCAGGCCUAUUACAGCCAGGAGAACCGCGUGCUCUACCUGGUGCUCACGUCCAUCUGCGACACGCCGCAGCUGCUGCGGGCCUGCAGGGACCUGGCGGCAGCCGAGACGCGCGAGCCCACGCCCGGCCACCCGCCCGGCGCUCCCGCGCCGCUGCCGCACGCCGAGGCACACGAGUUCUGGAAGCACCAGGAGAAGCUGCACUGCCUCAGCCUGCUCUACCUCUUCUCUGUGUGCCACAUCCUGCUGCUGGUGCAUCCCACGUGCUCCUUCGACAUCACCUACGACCGCGUCUUCCGGGCGCUGGAUGGGCUGCGGCAGAAGGUGCUGCCGUCCCUGAAGGCCGCCAUCAAGGACUGCCCAGUGGGCAAGGAAUGGAAGCUCAACUGCAGGCCCUGCCCUCCGCGCCUCCUCUUCCUCUUCCAGCUCAAUGGGACCCUGAAGGUGGAUCCCCCCCCAGGCAGGGGCCAGGAUCCCUGUGGCCACCUGGAAAAGCCGCCCCCCAAGAAGCACUCCCCCAAGAGGAGGCUGCAGCACGCGCUGGAGGAUCAGAUCUACCGCAUCUUCAGAAAGAGUAGGGUGCUCACCAACCAGAGCAUCAACUGCCUGUUCACCGUGCCUGCCAACCAGGCCUUUGUCUACAUCGUGGCCGGCGGGGCCCAGGACGGAGACGAUCCAGUGGCCAUGCUCCUCGACCAGCUCAGGAGCAACUGCACCAUGAGAGAGACCGACUCGCUCCUGGCUCCCACCCUGUCCGGACCCAGGAGGUACCAGAUGAUGCGGCAUGGCCGGCAGCAGUUGUCCUUCUACGCAGAGAGCAGCAGCAGCAGCUCCAGCUCCUCGGGGCAGCUUGUGGACUGCACCCUCAAGGAGUUCCUGUGGCAGCAUGUGGAGCUGGUGCUCAGCAAGAAGGGCUUCGAUGACAGCGUGGGGAGGAACCCGCAGCCGUCUCACUUUGAGCUCCCCACCUACCAGAAGUGGGUUGCUGCAGCAUUAAAGCUGUAUGAAGUGACCAUUGAAGGCAAAGACGAUGACCCAAAUUCUCUCACUGGGGAGCUGAGUUCCAAAAUCAUGGGCAGCAUCAAAGUCUUGGAAGGGUAUUUAGAUAUAGACACUAAAUUCUCUGAAAACCGUUGCCAGAAAGCUCUCCCCAUGGCCCACAGUGCCUACCAGUCCAAUCUGCCCCAUAAUUACACCAUGACAGUCCACAAGAACCAGCUGGCGCAGGCGCUGCGCGUGUACAGCCAGCACGCGCGGGGCCCGGCCUUCCACAAAUACGCCAUGCAGCUCAACGAGGACUGCUACAAGUUCUGGAGCAACGGGCACCAGCUUUGCGAGGAGCGGAGCUUAACCGACCAGCACUGCGUGCACAAGUUCCAUUUGCUCCCUAAAGCAGGGGAGAAGCCAGAAGCAGACAGAAACCCUCCAGUUCUGUAUCACAACAGCCGGGCUCGCUCCACUGGGGCCUGUAACUGUGGAAGGAAACAGGCGCCUCGCGAUGACCCCUUUGAUAUCAAAGCAGCUAAUUAUGACUUCUACCAGGUGCUGGAAGAAAAGUGCUGUGGGAAACUGGAGCACAUCAACUUCCCUGUGUUUCAGCCCAGCACCCCUGACCCAGCACCCGCUAGGGAUGAGGCAUCACCUGCCCCUCCGGAAGGAGAGAUUGAGAAACUGAAAGAAAAGGAGCCUCAGACUCAGGGAGAAAGCACAGGCCUGAGCUUAGCCCUCAGCCUGGGCCAGUCCACGGGCAGCUUGGGCACUUACCCACCUGACCCCCAGGGUGGAGGUGACAAYGCAGAGAGCCACGGGCAGAGCGGGGACUCCAGAAGCGAGAAGAGGCCRAGCCUGGUCGAUCGCCAGGCCUCCACUGUCGAGUACCUCCCAGGAAUGCUCCAUUCCAGUUGCCCCAAAGGCCUUUUGCCCAAAUUCUCCAGUUGGGCGUUGGUCAAGCUGGGCCCUGCUAAGGCUUACAACUUCCACACCGGCUUAGACCAACAAGGCUUUAUCCCAGGAACGAACUAUUUAAUGCCCUGGGAUAUCGUCAUCAGAACGAGAACUGAAGAUGAGGGAGACUUGGACACCAAUUCCUGGCCUGCGCCUAACAAAGCUGUUCCUGGGAAGAGAAGUGCAGUUGUGAUGGGGAGAGGAAGGCGGAGAGAUGACAUAGCUCGAGCUUUUGUAGGGUUUGAGUAUGAAGAUGCACGUGGGAGGCGRUUCAUGUGCUCGGGGCCUGAUAAGGUCAUGAAGGUGAUGGGAGGGGGGCCAAAGGAAUCUGCUCUCAAGGCCCUCAAUUCUGACAUGCCACUGUACAUCCUGUCGUCGACUCAGGGACGAGGGCUCAAGCCACAUUAUGCUCAAUUUAUGAGACUCUUUGUGGUGGUUCCUGAUGCUCCGCUGCAAAUCACAUUAACACCUCAGGUUCAGCCAGGGCCACCACCUUGUCCUGUAUUUUACCCUGAGAAGCAGGAGAUCACCCUUCCAUCUGACGGACUGUGGGUGCUUAGAUUUCCUUACGCAUACGUGACAGAGCGCGGACCCUGCUUUCCUCCAAAAGAAAGCCAACAAUUAAUGAGUUACAAAGUUCUCCGAGGAAUACUGAAAGCAAUUACACAAUAAGAAUUAAGAACUAUUCUAGUAGACUAAUUUUUUGGUUUUUGGUUUUGUUUUUUUUUAUAUAAAAAGCUUCAAUCCAAAUGAUGGAUGUUGAUUCCUGUCUGUUACAUAGCAAAUAUCAGUGUGAGCUAUAUUGUGGUUUAGUCAACACAGUUUGAAAAUGAAGUCUGAAUAUGGAAGUGGAGAAAGGAAUCCGAGAAACCUGUAAAGUUUCUGUUUAUUGACUUUUGACAUGUAACAAAAAGUGGUUGUYUUGACAUACUGUAACUAUAUCACUAAACUUUAUGAUGAUAAUGCUUGCCCCUGUUAUACUUUCUACAUAUAUAUUUGGAAAAAUCUGAAAAUUAUUGUUGCCUGAAGUCAUUUUUCAUUGUUGUAUAGAGACAAUGAGGGGUACAGUCUUUGUUUUUCUAAACUAUUUGUAUGUAAACAACAUAUUUUUAGUAUGAUGUUGUGAGAAAUUACUGGUCUUUGAUCUUACCUAAAAACUGAAGCAUUGCAGUUCUGAUUUAUCUUAAAUGUCAUCAAAGCCAGAAAUUGUAUUUACCCAUAUCAAGUUGUAGUAUUUUACUGCAUUUAUGUUCGUGGAUGAGACUGUUCUGAAAUUUAUAUUGCACGUUAAAAAGAAAUCUGAUUUUUACAAUUAAAAUGUAAAAGCCCACUUAAUUGCAGAUUUUGGAAUGAUAGGUCUCUGUAAAUGAUUUGUAUUUGUUCAAAAUAAGCAAAUACAGCUUAAGCUGGCAGUAGGGCUGACUUGUAGUACUUGGCUGAUUUUUGGUUGCUAAAAGGUAUUUAUAAAGUUCAAAUCUCAAAAUGAGAGACUUUUGACAAUUAUACUACCCUUUCUGAGAGAUGCAGAACACUGUAUUAGAAGAAGAGCUUGGGUCCUCGGAGCUUUAUGCUGUCAAGG